AUGACGGCCCAGAAUAUAAAUAUUGAGAGCCUUGACAAGAAGAUGCAGGCGGUGCUCGAUGCCUUCGAAGCCCACCCUUUGCUGCAGCCCCCGACGCCGCACCCAACAGUCUUCUUCCUUGCGGACUUCAUUCGCAACUCGCACAAAACAUUGAAGGAAGUCGACGCUGAGAAAUAUGCCUCAGGUGACAAAGAAUCCGCCAGCAACGUUCAAGAAGUCGUGGGCCGUAACCAAUUCGCGGGCGUGCUCGUCAACGACUCGUCAGGCAAGCUGGCCCUGCUGACGGGCAGCGACCCCGGCAGCCCCGUGAACUUUGGCUCUGACAUUAAAGCCAAAGUGCGUGCGAUGUUGGAGUGA